CGCCCGGAUUAUAACAAUCCACGCUGCUCUCGAUGUUGCUGGCCAUGCCAAUUGACAUGCAUACGUCGACAAGAGUCUUUCCAAGGUUGUGUUGGAGCUUCCUAUCAGAUCCCUUCGCCCUAUCUAGCUAAUCUGGGUAGAGAUAUCUUGCCGAGAUAGGUCCCUACUUGGAUAUAGCCAGCUCAGCCACUGCUCGCCCGCCUUAUCAACAUCAGAUUUCAUCCAAACCAUCUUUUCCUCGACUUUUCCCUCGACUUUCCACCACCCUGAUCAAGUCCCUUUGUUUCACUGCGUUACCCCUUAUCAUUGGUCCAGGGUAUUAUAGCUGUUCUUCGGAGAGUUUUACGUAGAAAGAAAGUACCUUCCCGGCUCAUCUCAUCCCUCCGCCUUUACUUGUCUGUUCCCUGUCCGUCCAGGGUAAGACCGAACCUAAUUAUCGAAUCUCAACUGACUUACUUGCUGGCCUUUUCCUGUAAUAUCUAUCCGACCAACAUUCGAUUCCUUCUCACCCGUUAUUCUCAAUUCUCGAAGUUGAGUGAAGGCCUCAUGUAUGACUAAUGUAGCCAGAUUCAAUUCCGAUUAUUGAGUUAGCUAGUUAGCCAAUUCGCCAGUCACUCAUUCGGCUAUCUAAAGAAAGUCGAGGCGCCAUGGACUCGGCCACUACCACCAGCGUUGAGGCAGCCACGUCUGCUUUUCUCCGGCGAACAGAAGAGAGCAAAGAAUUGCGGGAGAAAAGCAAUGAUCCACCCAAACCAACCGAGACAGCACAGAAGUCAUUCUUCCGGGAAUAUAGACAUGUAGCUGCUAUACACUCUAAGGCUCGUCCUUCGACCCUGAGCCACGAUACCCAGGCCUCUCCUAGCUUUGUUGGCUUUCGAAAUCUAAUGGUCAUAGUGUUGGUCGUCGGGAACUUGCGCCUUGUCAUAGAGAAUAUGCAGAAGUAUGGUAAUUUAAUCUGCCUCACAUGUCACGAUUUCCGACAAAAGGACGUCUUACUCGGGCUGCUCCUAUACGUCCUGGUUCCGUGCCAUCUCUUCAUCGCACACCUUCUCGAGUUGGUCGCUGCGAAGCAAGCACGGAUUUCCCGGGCCCAGUCAAUCUCCAGGGGUGGAUCGACAAGUCCGACAAAGGAAGAGCAGGCGAAUUUCCAGUCAACAUGGGCCAGCAUUCGACUGGCGCACUUUUCCAAUGCCAGUUUGGCUUUGGCAGUCCACAGUUGGGUGGUUUAUUUUCAUAUUUAUCACCCAUUGAUCGGUACUAUUACUGAGCUCCACGUCAUCAUUGUCUACAUGAAAGUCAUGUCCUACGCUCUCACCAACAGAGACUUGCGGCAUGCUUAUCUACACCCUGUCAAGGGCGAGCUCGCCGCAGUCCCCGAGAUAUACGCAUCAUGCCCCUACCCCGAGAACAUCACCAUGAGCAAUUUGACCUACUUUUGGUGGGCACCCACUCUCAUCUAUCAACCAGUCUAUCCUCGCACCGAGAAGAUUCGUUGGGUCUUUGUCUUCAAGCGGCUUGGCGAGACAGCGUGCUUAAGCGUGUUCAUCUGGUUUUGCAGCGCCCAGUACGCAGCCCCAGUGCUUUGGAAUUCCCUCGAUAAGAUGCAUUCUCUUGAUUUUGUAUCCAUCGUAGAGAGAUUACUGAAAUUGUCGACUAUUUCCCUGGUCAUCUGGCUGGCCGGUUUCUUCGCCCUCUUCCAAUCGGCUUUAAAUGCCUUGGCAGAGAUCAUGCGGUUCGGGGACCGCUCAUUCUACGAUGAAUGGUGGAAUUCCGCUGGAUUGGGACAGUAUUGGCGACUUUGGAACAAGCCGGUAUACCAGUUCAUGAAGCGACAUCUCUUCUCUCCUCUGGUGGGUAGGGGGUACAGCAUGAGCGCCGCUAGUUUGAUUGUGUUUUUCGUGUCGGCUGUCUUGCAUGAACUUCUCGUGGGUGUGCCUACGAAGAAUAUCAUCGGUGUUGCUUUUUUCGGUAUGCUCAUCCAGAUCCCGCUAAUUUGGAUCACGCGGCCAUUAGAGAAAAUGCAGGGACCAAAUGGCAAGUUGAUUGGCAAUGCCAUCUUUUGGGUCUCCUUCACAAUACUGGGACAGCCCUUCGCUGCCCUAUUAUACUUUUACGCGUGGCAGGCAAAGUACGGUUCGGUUUCAAAGACAAUGGGUGUACAAGAGCAAGUAAUGCUAGAGCACUAGUGCUGGAAAACAUUGAUUAGUACUUCAGGUUAUAGAUACUUUAUGGAUAAUGAUUAGCUCCCACGAGUCCCCGACGGCUUCUAAUAUAAUACACUAAAGUUAUGUUUCCAUUGUUCAUGGGAGAAAUGUUUAUCGUUAUGUAUCUAGGUAGACAAACAGUGUUUAAGUAGGGUUGUGCUAAAGUUAUCACAAUUUUGGGGAUGGGCAGAUAGAGACGUUUACGUCGAUGUUGUGCCAACCCAGUCCUCAACUAUCUAAACGUCUUGGUAUUAGGGGAGACAUGUAGAGUAUGUCGAAUCGACAGGGGCAGUGGUUGUUCGCUCAUUCAUGUUUCCUGCCAGUCUCUUGUGCAUUGAAAUGGCACAUAUAUUCACUUAUUUACCUUCACAAAACGAGGAGCCG